UAUUGCCUUACUCUAUAUAAGAAUAAGAUUUACCCAAAUAAAAUAGAAUUAAGGAGCACAAUAUUCAACUUGACCUUUUCUCUUAGAUCUUUUCGUGUUGAGGAUCUUUUAGAAAUAAUAUCUUUUAUAUUUACGAGGUAAGGGUAAGGUUGCACCUCGUGAACGCUCUACCCUUUCCGGACCUAGUAAUGAUUCUUAAAAGUAAAAUUACCAGAUAAACCUGGAGCCUUAUCUCAGAAUUGACAUAAGAUAUAUGAUGAAAUCAUUAGGUUAGGAAUUUCUCCAGCCAAAAUCUCAAUUAUCACAAUUUAAUAUCUUGAGAAUUAGUCAACCCUUUUUUGUUUUGUUGGAGAAUACUUACUUGCACUCGACGCCUACAUUAAAUCAAUCGAUUAAAAAAGAGUUUUUGAAUUGGUGAAGAGCAAAGGAGGACUGGAUAAUGAGAAUUAAACUUAAUAGCGUGGAAGACUUCCAGUAAUAUCACUGAAAUAUAAACGUUGACCGUUAAAUUAAAAAAAUAUAUGUAUAGAUCAUGUUCAUGAAUUAACGAAAUACGAAAAAAAAGAAGAAGCUUCAUCUGUCAUUGUCAUUAUAUUGUUAAUAACCAACUUCUCUCUCUUUGGAAGAUUGUACACUUGACAAACAUAACAAUAUGAGAAAAAAAAAAACAUGCAGCCCAACAACAAGCUUAUAAUAAGAAAUAUUAAGAAGAAAAAAAUUAGUGUAAACACCAAGGAAGUUUCUUCUUAAUCCAAGUCAAACAAUUUGAUCAAAUCACUUAGAAACUUUCACCAUAAAAUGGAGAAACAAAUUUUCACUACAAAUCUACCACAUUUUUCAUCUUGAGGCAAAAAAGAGAAAAAAAAGCAUAGUUUUUUGUUAUAUGUUGAUAUGUAUUAUCUAGGCAAGAUUAGUUAUUUAACUAACUUUGUUCAUCUUUUGAUCAUAUUCAUAUUUUUGGUUCUUAGAGUGGAUUGUCUGAGUUUCAGUUACCAAAAUUUCACCAAGCAAAACGAAAAUGAUUUCAUAACUACUGAGCAUUCCUACAUAGAAUUUGGAGCUAUCCAAGUAACUGGCGAUGCUCGUGGUACUUCCAUCAGUAAUUUGUCUGGAAGGAUAUGGUAUUCACAGCCUAUGAAUCUAUGGAACAGAAGGAAAAACAGAACAGCCUCGUUUAAUUCAACGUUUGUGAUCAAUAUCAAACCUGAGAGUGAUCCAUGGGGUGAAGGAUUGGCUUUCAUAUUGACUAAAGAAAGUGGUUAUGACUCAAUCCCAGAUGAAAGUUAUGGACAAUGGCUUGGGAUUGUGAAUGAAACUACUAAUGGAUCUUCUUUAAACAACAUAUUUGCUGUUGAAUUCGAUACAAGGAAAAGUUACCUUGAUGAUCUUGAUGACAAUCAUGUUGGCAUUGACAUAAACAGCAUCAACUCUGUCAAUCAAGUCGCGUUGAUUGAUCGUGGUGUUAACCUUUCACGAGCUGUUGAUGUUAUAGCAAGUGUCCAGUAUGAUGGAGAAUCCAACAUCUUGAAGGUCUAUACAUUCAUGAGUAAUGAAACUGGAGUCAAUGAAAGAAAUCCCAUCAUUUCCAUGCCUCUUGAUCUUUCUAGCUAUCUCCCCGAGGAUGUUUUCGUGGGAUUUUCAGCUUCAACUGGGAUAUAUAAUCAGCUUAACUGCAUAAAGGCAUGGAAUUUUACAAGCACAGAUAUGGGGAACAGUAAUGAAGUUAGCUUGUUAUGGUUGUGGAUCUUGAUACCAGUAAUAUCGGUUCUGGUUGUGUUCCUUGGUGGGGUUUUCGUAUAUUUCAGCUGGUGGAGAAAAAAGAAUAGGAUGCAAGUGUUAGAUCAGUCUGAGAAUAUAGAGAUUCAGAUUCAGAAUUCAGCUACUGCACCUCAGAGAUUCCAGCUGAAGGACUUGAAACGAGCAACGGGGAACUUUGAUCCGAAGAAUAUUCUUGGAAGAGGAGGAUGUGGAGUAGUCCUCAAAGGGAUGUUAGAUCAAAAAGAGGUGGCUGUGAAGAGAUUCUUUAAUGAUUCAAGUCAAGGGGCAAAAGAUCUCAUAGCAGAAGUCACAACUAUAGGCAAUCUCCAUCAUAAAAACCUUGUCAAAUUGAUAGGAUGGUGCUAUGAGAGCAAUGAACUCCUUGUGGUCUAUGAGUUCAUGCCAAAUGGGAGCUUAGACAAGUUGAUAUUUUGCGAAGAAAACGGAAAAAGUUUGAGUCUGAAUUGGGAAAUAAGGUAUGGUGUUAUCUGUGGGAUUGCUCAAGCACUUGAUUAUCUGCACAAUGGAUGUCAAAAAAGAGUACUUCACAGAGACAUAAAAGCCAGCAACAUCAUGCUUGACUCAGAACUCAAUGCUCGUCUAGGAGAUUUCGGAUUAGCUAGGACAGUUCAAGUGAAUGGAAAGACUCACCAUUCAACAAAAGAGAUUGCUGGUACUAUAGGCUAUAUGGCACCUGAGAGUUUCCAUAUAGGUCGAGCCACAGUUGAAACAGACGUCUUUGCAUUUGGAGUGCUAGUUCUUGAAGUUGCUUGUGGUCGAAAACCUGGAAAUCGACGAUAUGAGGAGAAUCAUUAUACCAACAGAGUCAUUGAAUAUGUAUGGGACCUGUACAAGAUUGGGAGGAUCAUUGAUGCCAUAGAUGUCAGAUUGGAUAGAGACUUCAAUGAAGAACAAGCCGAAUGUGUGUUAAUAUUAGGAUUGGCUUGUUGCCAUCCAAAUCCUUACGAAAGGCCAAGCAUGAAAACUGCUUUACAGAUUCUUACAGGGGAAUUAGUUCUACCAGACAUCCCAACUGAGAAACCUGCAUUUGUAUGGCCAGCCAAAGCUCCAUCGUCCAACGAAGCUUCUAGUGAUUCUCUCCAGGAAGGCCAACUUACACCGAUUACAGUACUCAGUGGCAGAUGACUGCAGAGUAUGAGGAACCUUAACAAGGUUAGGUAACUCUUUAGGAGGCAAAAGAUACCUGUAAAUUCACAUAUGUAAAGGCAUGAAUGUACUUUCUUUUUUUCUUUCUGUGUAUGUGGUGGGGUGGGAGAUUCCUUCUUCCGAGUAUUCGUUUUUCUGCAGUGUAAAUAGUUUUCUAUUUAGACAAUUUUCAUAAUCAACUUUACAAGUAAA